AUGUCGACAAUUACCAGCGAUGAGAUCGGUGAGAAGAUCUUACAGUCGUCAGAGAGUAUUACAAAGAGUUAUGCUCGGCUGCAAUUGUUGAUGGAGAACUAUUCGACCAUCGAGUUCCGUUGGAAGAAGUACAAUACUAAAAAACGCCAGAACCGGCUUGAAGAAGCAUGGCAAAAGAUGCCUAUUUUGCAACGACCUGAUCUCUGGGAGUACAACCGAACCGGCUAUGAUGGUAGUUCCGACAACCCUGCGGUAUUCAUGUGGCCUGAUAUUAGCUUGCGGGCAUUGAAGGAUGAGAACACACUUUUGGAUUUCCUGAGCGCCCGUUGCCAUGACCCACCUUAUAAUUUCCUCUUCGCCGACCGCGAGGCAGUGGAAUUUGGCGUCAUGACCUCGAAUAUUCAGCAGGAAAAUCACUUGGCUGAAACCUACGACGUCGUGUUUUGGAAUGACGCUGGCAAUCGGUACGGAGAGCUGCUGAAGCGUGACGUGGAUUGCGCAAAGACGAGGCAAAUCCGGAUGAAUGCUGGCGAUGGGCUUCUUGUUCUAGAGAGGCAACAGCGCCUGUACCGUUUUCUGGCUGACGUUGCAACCUCGUUAUGCAAGGACAUGCCCGAGGAAAGUGUACCGAAGUCGUCCCCCGAACAGCGGAACGCGAACGCAUUGUUGGGCGUCAGGAGGCACUCGUUUUAUCGGUCGCCCGUGCACUUCGAUGCGCACUCUCUACUCCAUUUCGUUGACGCACAGCUGGAUGCAGCGGAGGACCACAUGCGCGCACUGCGGGAGGAUCCCAGGUAUUUUGCCGACAUGCUCCGUGAGAGAAAGGAUCACGCGAUGGAGCACGUGGCCUGGUCACCCUCCGCCCGACCAGUCCAAGUAAAGGAAUCAUGGAAUCACACCAUACGCGUGGUGAUACGUGAAGCUUAUGCUGCCCUGGGAAUGUGGACCGCGGUGAAGGUGCAGCUACAGGCCCUAUCUCGGUUGAUGGCCGACCAUGGGGUAGGUUUGGAGCCUCACGAAGCCCUCUCCCAGCCCUUGGGGGAUGCACUUGCCAACAUGGUGUGGUUGCUGGAGCUGAUGUUUGAAAUGCCCUUCGCAACCUUUGUGGAAGUCUUGCCACCAUCACCUAUGAUGCGAGAUUCGUUCGGAAAGACGAUAACCCCAGACGGAAAGCUUCAGUUCCUCCCUACUCAGCAAGCUUGCGAAGACACAACCAAAGUCGGAAUCAUCAGAACCGUCGCGAUGCUCAUGAAUAAAGACAUUAGGAAAGACGUUGGUCUCCCCACACUCAUGGAUCUAUUCGAUACCGUUCUUUUGAAAGAUCAGGCGACCGUCAGCCUCCUGUCACCACUGGUGAUGAGGACCAUUUCGGACUUAUCUGCACUGGCAGAGUGCGUGCGCGAGAUCUUUGCUUUCCAGCCGUGGGCCAGAAACAUUAGAAGCGCACUCGAGCGAAAAGAAGCGUCUUUCCGUCAAGACUGGGAGAAAGCUAAGGCGAGAUGGCUGUUGCCAGACAAGGCGUGGAACCAGUCGGAUUUGGCUACGUCAGGCGCGCCCGUGGAAGAGCGAUUUGCCUAUCCGGUGAACCAGAAACCCUCACGCAAGCGGACGAAUGCAAUGCAACGUGCAGAAGCCAACCUCGAUAAAUUUUGGGGGAGGCGGAUCGUGAGAUCUUGGACCACCUGA